AUGUCACCGCCAAGCUAUUACACCCGCUGCCUCACCUCCACCCAGGCACGCUUCAACGUUCUCGAAGCCGCCCAGCAUCUCCGUGCGCAAAUCCUCCACAAAUCCUCAAAGCACUUCCGUGAAAUCUCCAGCCCACCAAAACCCUCUUCAGCAUCCACAGCAAUGGUGACAUCACCCACUUCUUCAUCGGCGUCAGAUCACAACACCUCCGAUGCCGCACCGACAGCGACUCGCGGCAACGGCCGCAAGUCACGCGUUUCAGCAGAGCACACGUUGAACCGCGUGCGCGAGAACCAGAGAAGACACCGCGCUCGACAGCGCGAUCAUGUCGCUUCUCUCGAGCAAAAGCUCGCCGAGACCGAAAAGUUGCUUGAAGAGGCGCGAGCGGAAAUCGCCGCUCUGAAAGCAGGAGGAUGUGCAAUGGGCUCACACCAACAACCCCAACGACAGAAUACCAGCAACAACGAUGUAAACGAAGGAGCAAGAUGUAUAGGAGAAGGAAACGCACCUACAUCUCAAGAUAUACCCAGACCACCCGUUCCCGCUUUACCCGACCAGCAAACCGAUUCGCUAGCACUCACAUCCAUCCAACCAGAUCAGCUCAUCGACCCGCAACUAGACAGCUACCCUGAUGUCCACGGGCAUGUCCCAGACAUGAGCGACCUUUCCUUCUUGGGCGGAUCCUCUUUCUACCUGCCGUCGCCAUCGACGUCGUCACAGUCAAACAUGUCCUUGGUAUCGCCAACUUCAAUCUCAACGCCAACAUCAACACAAGCCCCGUCCCUCGACACCCACCUCACAGUAACCAACACAACAACCCUCACGAUAACCGGUCCCCCACCCUGCUGCAACGACCCUCCAACUCCAAACUCACCACCUCCAACAAACACGCUAGAAUGCACAUCCUGCUCCACGAAACCGCCCCCGUCCCCCAGUGAAAGCACGACGCUGUGUGCCCAAGCCUUCGUCAUGAUCGGCCAGCAGAACUUCCGUAACCUCGAUCCGGAUACGAUUAGGCUGUGGUUGGCGCAGGGGUUGCGGAGAGCGCAGAGGGAGGGCGAAGGGUGUAGAGUUGAGAAUGGUGCGUUGUUAAGGUUGUUGGAUUUUAUUAGUGGGUUGUAG